CCUGCACCGCUCGUGGGCGGCGACGUCCAGGCCCGGCUCCCGCCUGCGCGACCGUGUCGCUCGGCAGCCUGGGGCUUCUGCUCCACGACGUGACCAUGGCCGGCCUGCAGGAGCUGCGAUUCCCUGAGGAGAAGCCCCUACUCCGGGGCCAGGAUGUGACAGAGCUGGAUAACCCUGACACCUUCCUCUCAGUUGUGGACACAGACUGGAAGGAACAUGACAUCGAGACGCCUUAUGGCCUUCUGCAUGUGGUGAUCCGGGGCUCUCCUAAAGGGAACCGCCCAGCCAUCCUCACCUACCAUGAUGUGGGCCUCAAUCACAAGCUGUGCUUCAACACCUUCUUCAACUUUGAGGACAUGCAGGAGAUCACCAAACACUUUGUGGUGUGCCACGUGGAUGCCCCUGGGCAGCAGGUGGGGGCGUCUCAGUUCCCUCAGGGGUACCAGUUCCCUUCCAUGGAGCAGCUGGCCGCCAUGCUGCCGAGCGUGGUACAGCACUUCGGGUUCAAGUACGUGAUUGGCAUCGGAGUGGGAGCCGGAGCCUACGUGCUGGCCAAGUUCGCGCUCAUUUUCCCUGACUUGGUGGAGGGGCUGGUGCUGAUGAACAUUGACCCCAACGGCAAAGGCUGGAUUGACUGGGCUGCCACCAAGCUCUCUGGCUUGACCAGCACUUUACCCGAUACAGUACUCUCUCAUCUCUUCAGCCAGGAAGAGCUGGUGAACAACACAGAGCUGGUGCAGAACUACCGGCAGCAGAUCUCAAACGUGGUGAACCAGGCCAACCUGCAGCUCUUCUGGAACAUGUACAACAGCCGCAGAGACCUUGACAUUAACCGGCCUGGGACCGUGCCCAACGCCAAGACACUCCGUUGCCCGGUGAUGCUGGUCGUUGGGGAUAAUGCACCUGCUGAGGAAGGGGUGGUUGAGUGCAACUCCAAACUGGACCCGACCACUACGACCUUCCUGAAGAUGGCAGAUUCUGGUGGUCUUCCUCAGGUGACACAGCCAGGGAAACUGACUGAGGCCUUCAAAUACUUCCUGCAAGGCAUGGGCUACAUUGCACACUUGAAGGACCGAAGGCUGAGUGGAGGAGCAGUGCCCUCAGCCAGCAUGACCCGCCUUGCGCGCUCACGCACCGCAUCCCUCACCAGCGCCAGCUCUGUGGAUGGCAGCCGCCCACAGCCCUGCGCCCACUCAGAGAGCAGUGAGGCGAUGGGCCAGGUCAACCACACCAUGGAGGUCUCCUGCUGAAGUCCUUGUCCUGCCCAAGACGCUUUCCUGCCCCCAGGUCCCACUGCCAUCUCUGCACCGGCUCAUCUUCCAUUUAGUUUAUUUUUGUGAGAGCGAAGGGGAGGAAAUGGGGUUACUUCUCUUUUACUUAAAAAAAAAUGAGGGGAUCCACCUUAGACAGUGCAGCAGGACAGUCUUCGACGGUGUGAGGGGCUGGCCGGAUCCACUCCCGUUUCUCUCACCAUGUUCACUGCUUGCUAUGGCUCCUGUCACCUACUUACCAUGGCUCUGGGGUGGGGGCAGAAUAUGGGAUACAGUAUUGAAGAAAGAAUGUGGCUCACCCCAUGGGCCUGGCAGAUGUAAAGACAGCGUGGGACUUGAAGAUGGUGGGUGAUGAGCUCAGGCUCCGAUGUGAGUGGGUGUCAGACCAAUGGAGAAUCCUAACCCUCAGGGGGUCCCUUUCCUAUAACCCUUGCAGCAAGCACACUUACUCUGAUAGUACAGGUGACAGUCAUGAGGAUGGAAGCCACAAGAGGGCGCUCUGAGCAGACAGCCAUUUUCCUGGUGCUCUCUGGGCAGGAUAGCUAUGGAGACAGAAUAUGGAGAACCCUGAGGGCAGGAACCCCCAUACUCUGUCACCCCAGGGCCAGGUCCCACCCUGGCGGCAAAGGUCAAGAUUGCUUUGUGUGCUGUGUGUAGCCCCUGAGAACUUCAUGGUGAUCCCUUGGGAGCCCAAAGGUACUUGAGUCCAUAGAGAUUGCUCUUGUCCUCAGAUUCAAUCAAGAAUGUUUGUAGCAAUGCCCUGCCAACUUGGGCCAGUGUGUCACAGACAUCACUGGAGAAGUGAACUCGUUAGAUCUGGUCCAAGACCGAAAGAUCCCACGACCUCUGCCUGCUGGAGGGGCUGGAGCGUGCUUGGUCCUGGGGUGGGAGAUGGGUGGGGGGGGGGGGUUGAGGUGAACACAGGUGUAGAGGCCUAAGGCUCUUGAUGCACCCUCGCCUCCCAGAGCCCACAGCUACGCUGUCUUCCUCUCCACUAUCUUACCAGGUAGAUUCACAGCCCAGAAACCAGAGCUUCAGCCUGGUCACUGGUUUCAUCCACUGUCACCCCCAAACGGGGGAGAGAAAGAGGAGAUGUGUGUGUAUGGGGGGGGGUUGUCGUGUGGACGUUCUGAAGUAAGGACACCUACAUCCGGGUAUCUGUGGCACAGGCCACCCCCUUCUGUAACUGUAAGCCAUUUCUAGACUGCUCUCAAGUCCAGUGGAGUGUGUUCUGUCCCCGGUUGUGUUCACUCCUGUGCUCCCGUGAGUGUUGAAUGUGAUUGUAAAGCUGGUAGAAUUCAAAUCCCUUACUGUAGACAGCACUUCAAGUAUCGGACAUCUCUCUGCUGUGUCCUCAAGGUAUCUAUAAAUAUCUAUACAUUAUAUAUAUAUGUAUGUGUGUGUAUAUAUAUAUCAGGCCCUCCUGUGUCUGGUUUCCCAAUUGGUGAUUGUCUCCUUUUUGGUCAAGAUGAACUUUUAUUGGAGUUCAUUACUUUCCUCUCUGUACAAAGUUAAGAGCCUAAUUUUGUGUAUUCUGGUGGCUGAUUAGCGAUUUUAAGAUGACAAAAUGUAAAACAAAAAAAACCCCUCAUUGAUGUAGAAAAUUAACUGUGCAGAAAAACUAAUAAAUAAGUUA